GUCUGCUCCCCGGACGGACGGACGGACGGACACUGCCGGUGAAAACACGGAAAUACGAUUAAACCCGAUGGACUGAACCUGAUCCUGGACUGGACUGGGGGGUGGGGGUCUAGGCCCCAUGGAAGCUGCGACACAUCUGGACCUGGUGAGACCGGAUCCGGUGGUCUAGGCGGAACCGACAGGAUCUGGGUCUGCAGCACUGAGUUUUUUUUUUCCUUUAACGUCAUUGGAAUAAAUUCGGUCCCGGUUGAGAGUUUGAGGGAGCGUCGGAUCCUGCUCCUCCUGGUCUGGAUUAGAGCCCAUCAGGAUCAUGAAUCACCCCCCCCACCCCCCCCACAUCCUCUAAUCUGGAUUUACAGAUCUGAUCUGGAUUACCCGCCUCCCGCUGGUUCUGAUCGGGUCACAUCUGACCCGGUCUGAACCGCCGGUCCUGGUCCUGGUCUGGAGUUCUGGUCCUACUGGUGGUGGUCCUGCUGCUGUUGCCAUGCCAACGUCCCGGCCUGGUUCCGAGCCGGUGGAGUUCUGGGUGGACGGGUCCAGGCGGGACGGGACCGUGGAGGAGUUCUACACCCUGAGCUCCGAACUGGGCAGAGGAGCCACGUCCAUCGUGUACCGCUGUGAGGAGAAACAGACGCAGAAGCCGUACGCCAUCAAAGUCCUCAAGAAAACGAUUGAUAAGAAAAUUGUUCGUACUGAAAUCGGAGUCCUGUUGCGUCUCUCACACCCGAACAUCAUCCAGCUGAAGGAGAUCUUUGAGACCGACACAGACAUCGCUCUGGUUCUGGAGUUGGUCACCGGUGGAGAACUGUUCGACAGGAUCGUGGAGCGAGGAUACUACAGCGAACGAGACGCCGCUCACGUCAUCAAACAGAUCCUGGAGGCCGUGGCGUAUUUACAUGAGAACGGAGUCGUCCAUCGUGACCUGAAACCUGAGAACCUGCUCUACGCCGACCUGUCGCUGGACGCACCACUGAAGAUCGCUGACUUUGGUCUUUCUAAGAUCAUCGAUGACCAGGUGACCAUGAAGACCGUCUGUGGAACUCCAGGAUACUGUGCUCCGGAGAUCCUGCGGGGAAAUGCCUACGGCCCUGAAGUGGACAUGUGGUCGGUGGGAGUUAUCCUGUACAUCCUACUCUGUGGCUUCGAGCCUUUUUUCGACCCUCGGGGGGACCAGUACAUGUACAGUCGAAUCCUCAACUGCGACUACGAGUUCGUGUCUCCAUGGUGGGACGAGGUCUCGCUCAACGCCAAGGACUUGGUCAGUAAACUCAUCGUCCUGGACCCCCAUAAACGCCUCAGCGUCCGCGAGGCCCUGCAGCACCCCUGGGUUCUGGGUAAAGCCGCCAGGUUCUCCCACAUGGACACGACUCAGAGGAAACUGCAGGAGUUCAACGCCCGACGCAAACUCAAGGCUGCCAUGAAGGCCGUUGUCGCCACCAGUCGGAUGCAUGAAGGUUCUCGGCGUCGAACUGACAGCUGUGAGAUUCCGGGCUCAGGGGCAUCGAGGCAGAGCAGCAUGCAGCAGGACCCGCCUCCUGAGUCCACAAGCCCCACCCCCUCAGAUAAAGAAGCCCCGCCCCCGGAUCAACCGCCACAGGGCGACAAAUCAAAGCCCGUGGACCAAAGUACCCUUAGCCCCACCCCCCCACGCAGCCCCAAACCGCCAAUCACUGAUGCCAGGGCCACGAGCUCCGCCCCCGUCCGGCCGCCGCUGCGAGUGGACGGACCGCGGCAGGCGUCUGUCGUCCCCAAAAGCAUGCUGGUCCAGCCCCGCCUACCGCAGAAGAGCUGCUCUGUGGUAGAGCCCGCCUCCAAGGGAGUGGCCCCGCCCACAAUGGCCACACCUCCAAGUCCAAACAGCCUGAGCAAUGGCUUCACCCCGGGGGCGGAGCCAACCAAUAAGACCGCCCAUUGCCAGUGAUUGCCUGGGAAACGCACCACAAAUCUUAAAAACAUCAUCGUCAGCCUUCCAUCCGCUCACUGGGACCAGAUCCAAACAUCUCUGACCUUUCACCUUUCUCCGGUUCUGUAGCUCCGCUGUGAUGCUAACAUGCUAACAGAUAUCUGACAAUUUGUGGAUGUUAACGCAUCCUCCAACAAAACUGAAAUAAACUGUCCCGUAUAAACACUCAGAGGAACGUAGAACACAGAUGAAACCACCAACAACACAAACGACCUGCGACAUGUCCAUGUUUAUCUUCUAUUUAAUUACAUCUUUUGUUUUAGUUGCUAACAUAGCUUUAGCCUAGCCUAGAUUUUACCACAAAUACAAAGCUUCAGCACGACUGGAAAACUGCUCCAUAAUUUACUUUUACAAGGUUUCUGCAGCUUAAAUAUGACAUUUUACUACCUUUAACACUAUU